ACAAAGUUGACCGACAAUUGGCUGUAAAAGUAUCGCGAUAAAAUGUAUACCGUUAAUUAUGACUAGUCGAGGAAAAUCGACACGUAUUUUAUUCUUGUUGGGUGCAAUGAGGUAUGGCAUGUUUUCGGCGAAAGUUGUACAACUAGAUGGGUGUCCUGGGAACGGUCGUGGCCGUCGGUCUGCUGGUGACCGCGACGGAUAUCAUUAUGACAAUGGUAGCCUGCAAUUAUCCGGUGUUCGAGGGUGCCGCCGAACUCAGGGACUUAAUGAUCCCGGCCGGUGUGCACGUCGGUUCUCUAAUUUACCGGCUUAGGGCUUCUGACCACGACAAGGACUAUCCGCUCUAUUUCCAAGCCACCGAUUUCGGUAGCUACGUGGUGAAGAUUGAAAAUCUUCCAUGUUCGCCAAACAGUACAUCGGGUUGUCAAGCGGACGUUUACUUAGACCGAGCAAUCAUACCUGGUCAGACGUUCCAGUUUCGGAUCACGGUAAGAGAUACAAGAGGGGACACUACCACUGUACCUGUUCGGCUUGUGGCUACCGAGGCACGGAGCGACAUCGAAACUAUAUUUCCUCACAUUCCGGCCAUUAUAAUUGUCCCAGAGGACGUCAAAGUGGGAACCGAGUUAGAAUAUGUGAUAGUUAGAAAAAAUUUGGAAUUGCGGAAAUCUGCUGGGAUCGAAUUGAGAGGAUCUCCCGAGUUGACCGUCGGCCGACUCCGCAUGAACAAGGAGACCACCACCGGUACGAUAUCCGUGGCGCAACCGCUUGACUUUGAGACCAGGAACAUGUACAGACUCCAAAUGGUCGCGUUGGACAUGUACGUGGAGACCGGCAAAGAUUCCAGAAACGCCGCGGCGUUCGAGGUCAUCGUGGUCGUGGAAGACGUCCAGGACACGCCGCCGAUAUUUACCCGGCUGGAAACAAUAGUGCAUCUGCAUAACAACGUGUCCAUUGGAGACGUCGUCACCAAGGUAGAAGCCGUGGACGGGGACAGAGGACAUCCUAGACGCAUUAAAUACGGAUUGGUGUCGGAAAAACGACCGUUUACGGUGUUGUUUGACAUAGGCCUAUUUACCGGCGAGUUGAAACUGAUCAGACCCUUGUCGGAGUUGGCCGCCAUAUCCAAAGCAAUGCAACCGGCCGUGUUGACUGUGAUAGCCGACGAAGAAGUUACCGGUGUCGACGGAGAAAAACCUGCCAUGUCUACGGUGGCAGACAUAGCGCUGAUAUUAGAAAACGUAGUUAACGGUCCGCCGUAUUUCCAUAACGCAAAUUACGCUUGUCGUCUGAACGAGAAUAGUGGCCAGGGAACGAUAUUGGUGUUCGGAGAUGGAUACGUGACUCGAGUACACGACGACAACAUGGGCAAGGAUUCUGUGUAUGCAUUGACAUUGGAAAACAAUAACGGCACGUUUGAAGUCUCUCCGGGUGUGAUCGACAGACGCGGUCGGUUCACCAUCAUGGUGCGCAACAACAGACUUUUGGAUUUUGAGAGUCGAUCGUCCGUCUCUUUCGAGGUGGUGGCGACAGAGUUGUCCGUGCCAGGUGACGCGAAUCACACACAAUCCGCCAGGACCUCGGUGGUGGUCUUUUUGGACGACGUUAACGACAACUUUCCGCGGUUUACCAGCGUCUCGUACAAGGCACAAUUGCCGGAGAAUGCCACUGCCGGCGUCAGGGUGUUGACCGUGGAAGCCGUAGACCCGGACACGGGAUCAUUCGGCAGUGUCAGAUACACAGCUCUACUAGGUCUAAAAAACACGUCAUUGGUGCUGGAUUCCCAGACCGGAGCGAUCACGGUGUCCAACGACAACCAUGGCUUCGACCGCGAACAAUCAGCAGAAUAUAGAUUAACUGUAGAAGCUCGAGACAUGGACGGGAACGGGUUGGCUGCUAGUGUUCCACUUAUUAUACAAGUAUUGGAUAUUAACGACGAAACACCAACGUUCCAAGACACCCCUAUUCAGUUUGUUUUAACGCAAGACAUGCGAAACUUCACGGAACGAGCUUUAGUUAAGGCAGUCGAUAAAGACGCAGAAGCUCCGAACAACGUGGUUCGUUACGAGAUAAUAAACGGCAACUACAACAAUCGCUUCACCCUGAAUUCAGAAACCGGCGAGCUGUUCAUAUCCGACGGGUUGUACGAUACGAGUAGGUCCAGAAGGCAAUCGACCAACAGCGCGUUUACGACGCUCACAGUCAGAGCUUACGACUUAGGCGUACCACAUCGAUGGUCAACUGCCCAGGUGAGGAUAUACCCACCGUCUUCGGGUGCCAGACAAAUGUCGUUUUUGGUGCCAGCUACUAUGGACUUGGCGACGGUGCACAGUUUACUUGAACACCUGACGGGUGCUAAGGUGACGAUAAAUUCGUUGAAGCCCAAUUACGGAGGUUCUCUUGGCGAUUCGAAAAUCGAAAAGAAUAUAAUAGCCGCCACUGUCGUGUACAACACCAAUACGGUUAUUGACGUUGAAGAGCUUCGUAAAUACUUUUACCAACCCGGCGGGUCUCAUACGGCACAAUCUGUUUACCAUGUUGACCAUCAAGAAAAGGAUAUAUCGUUUUGGUUGAAUCUAUUGUUGUUAAUAGCGAUACUGUUGGCGGCGUUGGCGUUAAUAUUUUGCUGUUGUUACCAACAGUAUCUUCGUUUCGCGCAAAACAAAUUCUACCGAGGUUUCUAUUCAGAAAACAAAGGCGUUCAAGUGUCGUCAGCCGGCAACCGUCAGCCGACGGAAGAACCGAAAAACAAAAUCUACAUACUGAGCGAAAAACCCGGUGGUUCGUCGCCUGUACGGUUAGCUAGAAAGACAAAAACCAUAAUUCUACCGGCCAAAAAGAAAAGCAGCGCCGCCGAGUCUCUGCUCUUGGAGGACGUGGAGGGUAACGAAUAUCGGAUUUUGGACAAACGCCAGAGUUCUUGGUCAGAAGAAACGGCCGACACCAGGCAAGAGAUGUUCUUCAAACAAGGAAACGCCGAAAUCUUAAGAAUCAUGUCCAACGACUCUUUGGAAGUCAUGGACUCGGCGUCCAACGUGGGCGCCAUCAACGUGUACGACGAAGCGGCUGGCAAAAAAGUGAUAAUGAACAAAUUCUUGAACAGCCAGACGGAUCAAUCGGUUGCCGAAGACAGUAACAGCUGCUACCGGCCGGAUCCGGUGACUAGGGAAACGGCGCAGCCGGAGGAGAAAAAGAAAAACGACUUGGAAGAAGAGCAAAAGAAAAUGGCGGCGUUCCAAAGAGACGUGUUACUGACCAGAUUUUUGGCGGAAGAACAACAGAAGCUAAUGACCAAAUUGGAGACCAGAAGCUUGCCCGGGGCCAACAUCGCCACCCAAACCGAAGUGAACGCCGCGUCCCAGACAACGAGCUCGUGUCUAAGGGGCGAUCGCCGGAGCCGGGGCCGGGGUUACGAUCAGAGAGACGGCUUUAGAUCUGCUCAAAGUCAACGGAGAUCGUCCAGUAUGCCACGUGGCAAGUUCAAAAACAGUCCGAUCAUUGAGGAAACGGGCAGUGGCUCCGGCACAAGUCUACAGUCGAGCCAAGCUCAGAACGUUGGCAAAGUCGAUCAGGAAAAACGCAAGUCUCGGUCCUAUUGCAGCCUAAGAGACCUGGAACUCGACAGACAGCUGCAGUACAUGACGCCGUCGCUGAGGUCAAGAGCUUUAGCCCGGCGAAGAUUGUCGACGUCGUUGCCGCCGGGCGGUGUAAGGUUACCCAGAACAAUGCAAAUGCUGGAGAAAAAGAGCAUUUUCACUAUUGCUUACGGAGACGUGGCCACGCAGAAGAUCAACUGUAGCGCCGAUUCGUCCAGCAACUGGGAAUGAUUAUUAUUUUCAACCAUUUUUUUGGUGGAUGACCAUCAUUGUUUUUUUUUUUCCUAUAACAUAUUUUA